AUGACAAACAACAACGUGAUUUAUUACGUAAUAAAUAUCUCAGGUGGCGUUCACAAUCAAAGUCCAAACGGGUGUCCAAGGAGACGAGGUCGGCAGACCUACACGAGGUUUCAAACAUUGGAAUUAGAAAAAGAAUUUCAUUUUAAUCAUUAUUUGACUAGAAGGCGAAGAAUUGAAAUUGCCCACGCAUUGUGUCUCACGGAAAGGCAGAUAAAAAUAUGGUUUCAAAAUAGACGAAUGAAAUUGAAGAAAGAAUUAAGGGCUGUUAAAGAAAUAAACGAGCAAGCGAGGCGGGAAAGAGAAGAGCAGGAAAGGCUGAAACAACAGCAGCAGGAUAAGCAGCAGACGAAACUCGAGCAGCAACAUCACACCGUUAGCCAUCAUCACCAUCACGACAUUAAAAUGGGACUCGACAAAACCGGAGCGGAUUUAAUGAAGGGGGUAACUAAAGUUCCGACAUAA